AUGAUAAAGAGACUCCCAUUAUACUCAACAGAGCUACUUGAAUCCGUAUUGAGAGAUUCUGAGUCUUACAAGGAGUUUAAUAGACAAAUUAGAAAGGUAUUUGAUGAAGAUGGGGAUGAAGAUGAUAGUGGACAAGAUAACGAUACGUUGUUGGAUAGUACUAUAGAUAAAGCUAUAGAAAUAGAAGAGGAAAUAUCUGAGACUGAUGAAGAUAAUAGGUUUCCCGGGAAAUUUCAUUGCAAGCUAUGUCCUGAAAAGAGGCUGAUAAGUAAGGAGGAUUUAGAAAAACAUGUUAAAUCUAGAAUUCAUCAAAAACGUGUGAAAAUGUGGGAAAGUGACCAAAUAAGUGGUGAGAAGUUAAGAAGAAGAUUUAAUAAAUUACACAAUCUGGGAGAAUAUAGUGAAGAUUUUGAAAGCGACCCUGAGAGUAUUGAAAAACCUAGUUUAGAACAAAUAAAAGAGCAAGAGAAAAAAAAACAGUCAAUAGGAACAAAAAAGAGACGAAUAAAGAGGAAGAAAUUAAGGGUAAAGCUGUCAAAUGAAAAUAAGAUACAGAGGAGAAAGAUGAGAUCUGCAGAAAAGAACAAUAUUUAG